AGCCAUUUCCGCUGUGAAUUUUCACAUUCCCGCCAUCAUCGACUGGUGAAGUGUAGCGUCGUGGACCACACUGUCAACAACACGGUACUGGUAUCACUCCAUGCCGGCAAAACAGGCACACUUUUACCGGAAGACCUUUGGAAUCGAUAUUAUCAUUUUGUAUUCUCUGUAAGGAUACGUCCCUGCUGAAACUGUCGUGUAGACCUGAAGACUUCAGUCCCAGCCUCCGUUCAAGUCAGGAUCUAGAGCGCUGCAUCUAGGCUGUCAUGGCAGUCGCAGUGCCUAAGCUCUCCAGCGGUAGCGCUGUCCGCAUUCGCAUCAACAGUCUGGACUUGGGUACCACCAGGUGGAAAGAGGGUGUCUUUGAGAUCCAUGAGAAGGACAACAAAGUGAACAUGUUACUCAAAUUCAACAGCGGAGGUGCUCCUAAAAAUUUCCAGUUGAACCACAAUGUGAAGAACGUUGUGUUGGGCCCCAUGCGCACCUCUCACAGCCGACUGGUAAUCACUCUGAAGGACUCCAAGGAUGUUGUUACCUUUGACAAAAUCCCUACUGUAGUGGCCAAGAAAAUGAAGGAAUAUCUUGAUUCGCUUAAACAGGGGAAACAAACAGUCCUGAAAACGAAUCAGGGAAGUGCCAGUUUUGGAGUGGUGCUUGGAAACCGUUCAGUGAAAAAUGACACAACCCUGUCUACCCCAGAGAGACAGACUACACCGAGACGUGGAGGUAUUGAUGGCCGGGAGGAGAACGCCCCUAGGAAACCUCUUGGGAGUCCAAGCCGAGUUUCCUCUACACCUGUCCGAACUGGCCUCUCAGAAAACAGAAGUGAGAAGAGGAAGAGGCUCAUGAGCUCGGAAAGUGAUAUAGGCGAGGACUAUCCCAAGGAAAACGACUCGUCUAGCAACAACAAGGCAAUGUCUGACCCUUCCCGGAAGUUUCUUCUCAGCUGCAAGGAGAAGCUGAAGCAAUCUGAGGAAAACAGGACCGCAGCCUCACCUGCGCCUCUACAGACGUCCUCAUUCUAUGGCAGCAGAUCAGGUGGCAAGGACUACACUCAAAGCCAUUCUUUCCUGGACAGGUCUAGCAGCACAAGCCAGUCUCCUUCCUCCAAAAGGAGCUUGUUGCCAAAUCACUCCACUCCCGUUAAAAAGGUGCGUCCCUCACUUGACUACGGUGGCUGGAGCAAACCUAGACCAUCCACGCUUACCCAGCAACAGCCUUCACUGCAGGGAUUCUCCAACCUAGGAAACACGUGCUAUAUGAAUGCAAUCCUGCAGUCCUUAUUUAGCCUGCCAUCCUUCUCCAGUGACCUACUCAAACAGGGCAUCCCAUGGAAGAAGGUUCCCAGUAAUGCCUUACUCAGACGCUUUGCACAUCUGCUUGCUAAAAAGGAUAUUUCGUGCCCAGAGGUGAAGAAAGAUCUGCUGAGGAGGGUUAAGAACUCCAUCUCCUCCACCGCAGAGCGCUUCUCUGGAUAUAUGCAAAAUGAUGCCCAUGAGUUCCUGAGCCAGUGUCUGGACCAGCUGAAGGAGGAUGUGGAGAAAGUGAACAAAAGCUGGAAAAAUGAACCAUCUCCACAUGACGAGUCUCAGAGUGCACGCUUGGGCGAGGAGGCAGACACCUCUCGUAUCUACACCUGCCCUGUGGUGGUCAACAUGGAGUUUGAGGUGCAGCACACAAUCACAUGUAAAGGGUGUGGAGAGGUGGUUCAGAAGCGUGAGCGGUUCAAUGACCUGUCAAUCAACCUGCCGCGCCGGAAGAAGACUCUGCCUCUGAGGUCCAUCCAAGACUCGCUGGACCUCUUCUUCAGGAUGGAGGAGGUCGAGUACUCAUGUGAGAAGUGCAGUGGGAAAGCAGCCACAGUCACGCACAAAUUCAGCAGAUUGCCCAGGGUUCUGAUCCUUCAUCUCAAGCGGUACAGCUACAAUGCCCAGUUGUCUCUCAACAGCAAGCUGGGCCAGCAGGUUGUGAUCCCCAAAUACCUCACGCUGAUGUCCCACUGCGCAGAUUCCACACGGCCCCCCCUCAGUCUGGGAUGGAGUGCACAAGCAGCUAUGUCACGAACACUGAAAACCUCGCAGACUGUGAACAACUCCUCACAACGAAAAGGGACCCUUAAACCUUGCACGUCUACUUACACCAUUCUGGAUUCGGACAGUGAAGAGGAGCUCAUCAGGAAGGUGGUGGUCAACCGCAAACAUCGACUGAGUGAAAGCCUGGCUGAUGACGAGAGAUCCGAGGAGGUCUCCCAGACUCAGCCCAGCAUCCAGGCCGAACAGACUGACUUCACUGGCAUCAGUGACGACGAGAUGCUGGCGGCCGUGCUGGAGAUGAGUCGCCAGGAGACAACGCUGGCCCCGCCUCCGCCUCCGGAGGAGGAGCCCACCAGUAGCCUUGACACGGGCUUUGGAGACGCCGAUGGCCAGGACCUGACGAGCCACAUGGAUUUGGUAGAAGCAGACAAGCCAUCGACAGAUGUGCUUGACUCUUUAGAUCUCACCAUGGAUGAGAACAAGGAGAACCAGACUCCAGACGUGCAGGGUGAGCUGGACUGGGUGCAGCAGUACAACAUGGACCAGGAGAGGGAGGAGCAGGAGCUGCAGCAGGCCCUAGCCCAGAGCCUCCAGGAGCACGAAGCUUGGGAGAUGAGAGAGGAUGACGAUUUGAAAAGAGCCACAGAGCUUAGUAUUCAAGAGUUUAACAACUCCCUACCCGAGGUGUUGUGCUAUGAUGAUGACUCUGGGAAUGAGGACGUGCUGGACAUGGAGUACUCCGAGGCCGAAGCUGAGGACCUCAAGAGAAAUGCUGAGAGUGGAGAUUUGGCCAACUCGUUCAGACUCAUCAGUGUGGUCAGUCACAUUGGCAGCAGCUCUUCCUCAGGUCACUACAUCAGUGACGUGUAUGACAUGAAAAAGCAGUCCUGGCUGACGUAUAAUGACAUGGAUGUAUCGCGCACUCAGGAGUCUGCCGUGCAGAGAGACCGCGACCGAAGUGGAUACAUCUUUUUUUACAUGCACAAGGAUGUGUUUGAGGAACUGUUGGAGCUGGAGAAGACGGGAGGCAGCAGCGAAGCGAGCCGCACUGUGCUGCAACCCCUCUGAGGGGGGCCGUGUGUGUGUGUGUGUGUGUGUGUGUGGACUGGGCCUCUGAAACCUCCAGGAUGUCAUCAGGUGGCUAAAUGUGCAGCCCCUUUUUCUCGUACUACUGAUCACCCGUCCACUCAUCUACUCCGGGCACUUUUUCUUUCCCAUCUUGGAAAUUUAACACUGGUCAAAGUCUUGUGUCUUCUCGUCAUGCUAGACUUGAGACACACACAGCUGUUUCUGAAUCGUAAUAGACAAAUUUUGAAUCUUUUUACUCAUUUCUGGGUUGAAAAUUGUUCAGCCCAUAUAAAUAUCUCAUCCCCCCCCCCCCCCCGGCUUAUCGCCAAACAAUUGCCUUGUUACCGUAAUUCUUCGGAACAGUAAUCCGUUACCAGUCAUGCAUUAAGAACCUCAUGAGCUGUGUUUGAUUUUAGACAAAAUGUCGGUCCUCCUUGUGAGCUUUCUAUAUAAUUCUCUAUAAUAAAGAUCUAUUCUUGUAUGUGUUCAGAGAAGGGAGAUGGACAGUGUGAACUAUAUCUUUAAUUCUAUAUGCAGAUAAAUAUGGUGCAAUAUUUAUUUGGCCUGCUGGCGUCUGUUUGUCCUUUAAAGAUGGAUGGGUGAUUUCUGGUUAGUCAUUAUAGCUUUACCUGUGACUUUUUGUUUUAUUCAUGUUUUAUAAGUUUUAUUUUAUGAGCUAAAUUAAUUUAGCUUGUCUUUUUAUAUAUAUUAAAAUCAUUCAUACCUGUAGCUACAACUGAAAAUGCCAGUAGUUCUUUUUUCCUUCUAGAGCUUUAACAACCGCCCACUCUUUGUUGAGUUGACCAUUUCCAAAGAAACUUCUACACCAGAUUGAUUUUUCUUCUGUUCCGUUUAAUGUUAGAACCAAGGGCCAGUAAUCCCAUUUUCCGGCUUGCUUUUACAUUUCCUCUUUAAUAAGAUCUUUGCCUAGCUGCUCAUAGUAAGAGUGUAUUUAAUGAACGGUGUGAGUGCAUAUAAAGUGUACAGCCACAAUAGUAUAUAAGCUCUGUUCAAUUGCCCAACAUUAAGCUUUUAGCCUCCUGAAGCGCAUUUAAAUAAAACAUGAGAAAAGA